CUCUUGGCAUAUAUUGCAAGAGAGGUGUUUUGUUUUAGCUUGCUGUACGAAAAGCUCUGCAUCUCUUUUAUUGCGAGGUUUGUAAGAAAAGCUACAAUAUGUGGAUCAGGGUUCGAACAAUGGACGGUAAAAGGUCCGAGCAAGUUGAUGGCCUUUCUAAACUAACGAAAAUCGAAGAUUUGCGAGAACUUAUAAUGGAAAAGUUUAGCGUCGAACCUUCGCUUCAACGGUUGUUCUUCCGAGGCAAGCAACUAGAAGAUGGCUACAGCUUAUUUGAUUACGAUGUUGGGUUGAAUGCACUUGUACAAUUGUUGGAACGGAAAGUUAUAAAAGAAGUGGAAACGCAGCAAGAAAACGAGACUCCAGCGUCGCCGUCAGACACUGAUAGCGGGAUCGAAACCGCUGAGAAUGUACAAGAAGUGGUGGAGGAUAUACCUUCUACUUCAUGCGAAGGUUUGUAUAAAAUUAAUGCUUUAAUUGACGCCCAAGACACAGAUGUUGGGGCAUGGUUUGAAGCCAAAGUUGUUAAUGUUACUAAAGACAAAACUGAAGGGUUGGAUUAUCAUAUUAAGUUUGAUGAUUAUGGGGAUGAUGGGGUUAAAGUUGUGGGCGAAAAGUUAAUUAGACCAAGAGCAAGAAAGCUGUUGGAAUGGAAUGAAAUAGAGGUUACUUCUAAGGUGAUGGCUAAUUAUAAUAUGGAUCAUCCCAAGGAAAGAGGUUUUUGGUAUGACUGUGUUGUGCUAGAUAAGAAGAAUAAAAGAAAAAAGAACGAACUAACUGUGCAGUUAUUGUUGGGUGAAAAUCGCACUUUAGAGCCAUGUAAAAUAACCUUUGUAGAAGAGGUGUUUGUAAUUGAGACUGUGGGUUCAGAAAGUGGACCUCUGUCUGCUGAUACAGCCGUGGCAAGGAAAACUGAAAAAGAGGCAGAUUGUGGCCACUGUAGAGACAACCCUGAUAAGGAUUGUAAAGAAUGUGGUUGUCAUGUAUGUGGAGAGAAACGGGCAUUUGAUAAGACACUGCUGUGUGAUGAAUGUAAUCUUCCAUUCCAUACAUUCUGUCUGAAUCCUCCUCUUGAUAAUUUGCCGGAGGAAGAUGACUGGUACUGCCCUCUAUGUUGCCAGGAUCGAUCUAAAGUAGUUAAAGCUGGGGAGAAACUGAAAGAGAACAAGAAGAAAAACAAAAUGAAGUCCAUGACCUCUGACACACAGAGGGAUUGGGGAAAAGGGAUGGCUUGCGUUGGAAGGUCAAAGAUUUGCACCAUCGUGCCUUCCAACCACUUUGGUGCCAUCCCUGGUGUCCCUGUUGGUAGCUUGUGGAAGUUUCGUGUUCAAGUCAGUGAGUCUGGGAUUCAUCGACCACAUGUGUCAGGUAUUCAUGGAAAGGAGAAUGAAGGAGCUUACUCUAUCGUGCUCGCCGGUGGAUAUGAGGAUGAUGAAGAUGAUGGAGAUGAGUUCACGUAUACUGGAAGCGGGGGUCGCGACCUUUCGGGGAACAAGAGAACAGCAGAGCAGUCAUGUGACCAAGUGCUGACGAAAAACAACAUGGCGAUUGCGCGAACAUGUGACGUGAAAGCUGAUGCGAAGAACGGAGCAGAAGCUAAAGAUUGGAAGAAGUCAAGACCCAUCAGGGUUGUGAGGAAUUAUAAGGGAGCAAAACAUAGUGAUUAUGCUCCUGAAGAAGGGAAUAGAUAUGAUGGGCUUUAUAAGGUUGUUAAAUAUUGGCCUGAGAAGGGAAAGUCUGGUUUCAUUGUGUGGAGGUAUUUGUUCAGGAGAGAUGACAAAGAACCUGCACCAUGGACUAAAGCGGGGAAGAAGAGAAGCAAGGAACUUGGAAUUACGAUAAAAUAUCCAGAGGGCUAUCUUGAAGCACAGGCUCAAAAACUCGCCAAUGAAGAAGCAGCCGGUCCAAAAAAAAAAGGCAAAAGGAGCCUCAGCAAUGAUGAUGCUAGUACCCCUAAAAGUACUCCAAAGAAAAUCAAGAUUAACGAGUUUGAGGUUUCACAAGAGUUGAUGAAAAUGAUAAAAACUGACAAACUUAACUCCAAGUUGUGGAGCGAGGGGUUAAAGUCAAGAAAAGAAGGACAAACCAAGUUUUAUCAAAUCAUACAAGAUCUGUUUAUGUGUGUGUGUUGUCAGGAUGUGGUUCACCAACCAAUUACAACUCCUUGCAAACAUAAUUUAUGUAAGACGUGUCUACAACGUUCGUUCAAAGCAGAUAUUUAUUCGUGCCCGGUUUGUAGAGAAGAUUUGGAAAAAGAAAAUAUAGAUAUUAACAUUCCGCUGCAGAAAGUUCUUCUUAAACUUUUCCCUGGAUAUACAAGCGGACGUUAGUUGGAUUAUUGCUACAUAGCUUGUGCUGUUUUAUUGAUACAUUUAGUGAUUUUAAGCGCAUUUAGUCUUUUUGAGCAACUUAUAUAUAAAUGUAAAUACCUCUGUUUUUCUAACACGUAAAUAAGAAUGUUAAAUUUGUAAAUUUUUUGCUGCUUUAUUUUCUCAUAUGUUUGGAAACACAUCUCAGUUUUGCAACUAAGUUUUUACUGUGAACUUCACCUUAAACAACUGAAACCAAAUUCCAAUUUUACAACAUGUUGCUGAUGCAGGGAUAAAAGCCAACUGACAUUUUGUUGCUGUAUGUUUGUUUAAUUUUACCGUUUAUGACAUCACAAUAACAUCUCUUAACACAUAAAGUAGCAUGACAUUCUAACACCUGACACUGCCACAUUUCAUUUUGAUUGUAUUUACUGUUUGUUUUGUUAG